AAGCAGUCGACGAGCAUUAUUGGUUUAGUCUCUUAGUUAUUGAGCUUCACAUAAGAUAUCUCCGCUAGUUAUAUAUAGUGAGCGAUUCAUGAUGGUUCUUGUACUGAAUGGGGUCCUUCAAGAAGAUUGUCCUCAUGAUUCUCGCUCUUUGUAUCACACCCAUCCAGUCUACAGAGAAACGGCCGCUCAGCUUCUAGGCGUACCCAACAAGAUUAUAGGACCAGUUGGACUCCUUUAUGUGCAGCAGAGAGAAUUGGCAGCUACUGUACCACACGAUAAGAACGUUAGUAUUCUUGGAGCAGACGACGUUACCACCUGCCUGAUUGUUGUUGUGCGUCAUUCUGGAUCUGGAGCAGUUGCCAUGGCACACUUAGAUGGCUCUGGAACAGAUGAAGCUGUUUGUACCAUGGUGCAGAGAGUUCAAGAACUAGCAUUAGGAUAUCCAGAAGGACGAAUAGAGCUACAACUCAUAGGAGGAUUCAAUGAUCCCCGUCAUUAUUCGGAUGAAAUCUUCUAUAACGUUAUGAAUUCAUUCCACAAGCAACCAGUCGAGAUUGAUCUAACUCUUGCAUGUGUGGGAGAACUGAAUACAACUAUAAGAGGAGGAAUCCACUGGCCUAUCAUUUACGGAGUAGGAGUCAACGUGAAGACUGGAGAAAUCUUUCCAUCUACAUUUCCAGAUAAGGGUCCUGACCAUUCGCUGAGGUGUGCAAGAUAUUUAACUGGAGUUCCACAAGUUUUAGAUAUUUAUGACUGCAAUUUGGGUUUGCUGAGGAUUGGACCAUUCAACUAUGAACCACUGAGGGGUGUGGACUUAUGGUUGGAGCAGACUGAUGACUUCAUACUACAACAUUUAUCCACAUCUCCAGAAGUUGAACCACCACAUUUCGUGAUGCAGGUGCGAGCAACAUUGAGAUAUAUCCAAGAAAACCAGUUUCCAGCAGUAACUGUCUUCAGGGACAACCGGCCUCAUUACUACAGGAGAGACGAACAUGCCGGGACCUGGACUCCCAUUAGAUAUUAGUAACUGAGGAGAAUCUACAUCUAUUCUGGUUAUUGAUUAUUGUUAUUCAGAACGUUGAUGAUAUUUUUGUGCUUUUAUAUUUUUAUCCUAUUGUGAAUAAAUUGGGAAGGCUUUUAUUGAA